UACAUUGAGAUUUAAUAAUUUAAUGAAUUAUGCACUUGCGGGAGAAACGGAGGACAAAUUUAAGACCAAACGGCGGUAAACACUUACUCUGAGUGUUGCCAAACGAAAGAAAGAAAAAAAAAAUAUAUCUAAGCGAUGGCUUUGCAGCUAUGGGAGACUUUGGAGGAGGCAAUAACGGCCUAUACGGGUCUAUCUGCGGCCACUUUCUUUACGGUUCUUGCUCUGUUGUGGGCCAUUUACUAUGCGGUAACGGGUCUAUUUGGGUCGUCUAGUGAUCACCAUCAACGGUCCAGGGCUUUAGAGGAGCAGAUAGAGCCGCUUCCACCCCCGGUUCAGCUGGGCGAGAUUUCCGAGGAGGAACUUAAACAAUAUGAUGGGUCGGAUUCAAAGAAGCCACUUCUCAUGGCUAUCAAGGGCCAGAUCUAUGACGUUUCUCAAAGCAGAAUGUUUUAUGGACCUGGUGGACCUUAUGCAUUGUUUGCUGGAAAGGAUGCUAGCAGAGCUCUUGCAAAGAUGUCUUUUGAAGAAAAAGAUUUAACUGGGGACAUCUCUGGUCUUGGUCCAUUUGAAUUGGAGGCUUUGCAAGAUUGGGAAUACAAGUUCAUGAGCAAGUAUGUUAAGGUUGGAACCAUCAAGAAGACGGUUCCAGUAACUGAAGGGGAUAGCAGUGGUGAAGUCUCAGGAGCUACAGAAAGUGAUGCUAAGCCAGGUGAAGAUAGUCCAUCGCAAAGUGCAGUUGCUGGAACAGAGGAAAAAUCUUCUGGAACUGAUGCUAAGGAGGAGUGAUAUGUUUGGGCUUAGUUGUUACCGUUUCGAAUGGAUCAUCACUGUUUCUACUAGUGCUGCCAGAAGAUAUAGAGUAAUGUUGUUUGAAUUAAUGUAUUCUGUGAAUCUUUAUUUCAUAUAUAAGCUUGCUCGGUGCAGAUACUCUUUUAGUAAACUUGCUUCAAUAUUUCGUUAAUCAAAAGUAAAUUGGGAUGUUAAAACUUUGGGGAUUGAAACUGAUACUAGUUAAGUUGAGCUGGUUGAUCUUUGUGGCUGGAGAAACUAUGAUCAACAAAAUCCCUAGGAGCUGUAAUUGCAUUAUAGCCAUUAUAAGCUAUUAAAAGAGUUCCUCUCAUUUCUCUAGAUGCAUGAUGAGUUUGUUCAACUAGGGAUUACAAUCUUCCCUUAAGGCGCCAGCUGAUACAUGAAUGGUGAGUUUUCUGAGUUCCAAGCUUUUCCAUGUAAGUCAUGGGGAACAAAUUUCUUGCUACUUUUGGCUAUUCAUUUCAUUUGUUGGAUAAAGAGUUUAGCUUAAAUAUAGGAGGCC